AUGGAUUCCGAGUACCAACGACUGGCAGAGACCAUCCGGGAACAGGCUACAAGACACAAAGGAGUGCGGUAUUUAGUUGCAAUAGCUGGAAUUCCUGGAUCUGGCAAGACAACAACGGCCGAGGCAAUUGUUCAACACCUCAAUUCAGACUCACAAUGCCGCGCUGCUCUUCUUUCAAUGGACGGGUUCCAUCUUCCAAGGGCAGCUCUUGACCAAAUGCCCAACUCUACAGAAGCAUAUACCCGUCGCGGUGCUCCGUGGACAUUUGAUGUGAAGCGAUUUGUCGAUUUCAUUCACCAACUCCGGAUCUGGGCCGACAAAAUGCCAUUAGCUCCGCUUUCAACAGGAUCGUGGCCUUCAAAGGAUGUGAUUCGGGCACCCACCUUCGAUCAUGAAACCAAGGACCCAGUAGAAGGCGGAGUAUCGAUUACUCCAGACACGUCAAUUAUUAUUAUCGAAGGAAAUUACCUUUUACUUGAUGAGCCUGGGUGGCGAGAUUUGGCGUCGCUUGUCGACUACCGGGUGUUCAUGGAUACAGAUUUGCAAGAGGCACGCGAGAGAAUUGCGAAACGUCAUGUGAAGGCUGGCAUCGAAACUACUCUUGAGGAUGGAUAUCGACGUGUGGACAGUAAUGACUACCUCAAUGGCGUCUCAAUUCAAAAAAGCCUUUUGAUGCCGGAUAUGGUCGUCAAGAGCGUUUCAGUGACCAAUGGAAAUAGAUCUCAAUAA